GCGACGCUGAGGGGAAGGAGGCGAGGCCGUGGCGGCUCUGAGGGGGAAGAGGCGCCGCGGCCGCUUCAGAGCCGCGGGGAUGUGGGGACGGGAAGGGUCCAUCUCCAGGGCUUGAUGUAGAGUCCCAGCUGCUCCUUUAAAGGACUCAGCCAUGGCAGGCAAAGGCAAAGGCAAAAAACCCAAGAGUAAAGGCAAAAGGGCCCCCAAAAUUCCAAAGGAUGUGAAAGAAGUGUUUGUCUUCAGCCCAGCUGCCAUGCUGAACGCUUACUACAUCUCUCACAACGCUGCUGCCUUCCUGGAAUUCCGGGGCUAUCCCUGGCCUGGCUCUCUCAAAAAGAAGGGGAAGAAAAAGAUGUGAGCUCACCCAAGUCCCUGGUGAAGACUCUGCUGUGAUUAAACCCACCCUGGCUCUGCA